CUUGCUACUCCCACCUCAGUUGUUGAAUGCAUUCGUACCAGCACAGUUUGGCUCGGGCCAGACGUAUUCCCCGUAGGGUCCUCUAACGGCCAAACGAUGUCCAUAGCCUGCCAGGCUUUGCGUGUUCAAACGGGGCCUCGACUAGUGAUUUAGUGUGAGGUAACCCUGACCAUAGCCAUGUGUGACGACAAGUUAGACAUACUUCCAAGGACAAUAUAACCAGGUGGCUGUAUAAGUUGCUCCACCUUUGCUUCCAUCCCUUAUACUAUCUGUCUCCUCAGAGACUCGUAUUCUUUGCUUUCUUCUCCAGAUUCCACUUCUCUAGAGUCCCCUACUCUCUAUUUGCGGUCGUUGCGGCUGCCAACUGAAACCGACGUCAUGGCUGGAAAUCAAGGUGCACGUCAGCCGCCGGUGCUAAAACGCGAUGUCAAGAGCCACAUUCUCUUCGAGAUCUCGACUGAAGUUGCGAACAGAGUGGGUGGCAUUUACUCGGUCCUCAAGUCCAAAGCCCAAGUAACCACCGCUGAAUAUGGUGACCGAUAUACGUUGAUUGGGCCCUGGAAUAGAGCUUCGGCCGUUGUCGAAGUUGAGUCACUUACGCCCACCAAUCCGCACCUCGCUGGGGCGAUAGAUGCGAUGAAAGAAAGAGGCAUUGAUAUCGAAUAUGGAAGAUGGCUAAUUGAAGGCGCUCCACGAGUUAUUUUGAUUGACACCGGUGCCGGUUAUCAGUUCCUAGAUGAAUGGAAAGGCGAUCUCUGGAAUGCCGCCGGCAUUCCAUCUCCUCCAGGGGAUAGCGAAACCAACGAAGCCAUUGUUUUCGGAUACUUGGUCGCGUGGUUCCUAGGCGAGUAUAUAUGCAGAGAUAUGGAUCUUGCGGUAAUCGCUCACUUUCACGAGUGGCUUGCUGGCGUCGCUCUCCCCCUGACCAAGAAAAGGCGCAUGGAUCUAACGACAAUAUUCACCACGCAUGCCACCCUUCUCGGAAGAUACCUUUGCGCUGGCUCUGUUGACUUCUAUAAUAAUCUGCAAAUCUUUGAUGUCGACGAGGAGGCUGGAAAGCGUGGAAUAUACCACCGAUACUGCAUCGAACGGGCCGCGGCCCAUUCAGCAGAUGUCUUCACUACCGUUUCCCACAUUACUGCAUAUGAAAGCGAGCAUUUGCUCAAACGAAAGCCUGAUGGCGUAUUGCCAAACGGUCUAAACGUGAAGAAGUUUUCAGCCGUCCACGAAUUCCAGAAUCUCCAUUCGCAUUCUAAAGAGAAGAUCCAUGACUUUGUACGAGGUCAUUUCUAUGGCCAUAACGACUUUGACCUCGAAAACACACUCUACUUCUUCAUCGCUGGCCGCUAUGAGUAUAGAAACAAGGGGGUGGAUAUGUUUAUCGAAUCGCUGGCGCGUCUUAACCACCGUUUAAAGGAAACUGGAUCGACUACUACCAUCGUCGCAUUUAUCAUUAUGCCCGCUCAAACAUCGUCUCUUACUGUUGAGGCUCUAAAAGGUCAGGCGGUUGUUAAAUCACUACGAGAUACACUAGAAAUGGUGGAGAAGGGAAUCGGGAAGCGCCUGUUUGAGCGGUGUUUAAGCUGGCGUGAAGGUGACAACAUGCCAGACGAGAAGGAUCUCAUCACCGCUCAAGAUAAGGUCCUCAUCCGUCGCCGGCUCUUUGCUAUGAAGCGUCAUAGCUUGCCCCCAAUUGUGACCCAUAACAUGCUAAAUGACUCCGAGGACCCAAUUCUAAACCAGCUCCGUAGGGUGCAGCUGUUUAACUAUUCAACGGAUCGCGUGAAAAUAGUAUUUCACCCCGAGUUCCUGAACUCCUCGAAUCCAGUGCUUCCUUUGGACUAUGACGACUUUGUUCGUGGCACGAAUCUCGGAGUGUUCCCUUCGUACUACGAGCCCUGGGGGUAUACUCCGGCCGAGUGUACGGUAAUGGGCGUCCCAAGCAUCACUACCAAUCUCUCAGGUUUUGGGUGCUAUAUGGAGGAGCUUAUUGAAAAUUCCUCUGAUUAUGGAAUCUAUAUUGUGGAUCGCCGUUUAAAAGGUGUGGACGAUUCGGUUAAUCAGCUCACCCAGUACAUGUUUGAGUUUGCGAGUAAGAGCAGAAGACAGCGUAUCAACCAGAGAAACAGAACUGAGAGACUAAGCGAUCUACUGGACUGGAAGAGAAUGGGAUUGGAGUAUGUGAAGGCGAGGCAGCUGGCUCUGCGACGGGCAUACCCGAUGUCUUUCGACCCAGAAGAAGACUUCCGUGAUAUUAUCGGCGGAACAGAGCAAAAGAUAUCGCGCCCGCUCUCCAUCCCUGGAUCUCCGCGUGAUCGCUCGGGAAUGAUGACACCGGGUGAUUUUGCAUCACUGCAGGAAGGACGAGAAGGGCUGAGCACAGAUGAUUAUGUAUCUUGGAAGCUGCCGUAUGUCCAACCUCGUCAGCCUUCACCCCUUUUAUCCAUAUUCCAUUCAUGCGUUCGCUGUGUUGCAUGUGUAGAACUAGCUAAUACGGCUAUUGCGAUAAGUAGUGAUGAAGAGGAAGCCGAUGAGUACCCAUUUCCCAUUGCUCUUAGAACCAGAACAAAAGAAAAGGUCGAACCUCCCCAUUCUCCUGAUCGGGAUGUGGCUCCGAAUGGCAGCUAGCUGCGCCUAUCUUCUUCCUGUAGUGGACUACUUCUGCGUGGCUACUUGCUCAGAGCUGUCAAUUGGAAAGGGUGGCUUGUAUCUUUUGUUUGAUCAUGACAUGGCAUUACUAUUAGUGGUUUGUGAUUUCUAGCUUUGCUGUCUUAUGCCAUAGCUCUCAUCUUGUAGUCAUCAUUGCAGCCCUGUGUCGCGAUUGUUAUUGUAAGUGCCAGAUUCUAUCUUGUUCCUGCUUUUGCUUGGUGUACUCUAAAAUUAGUGACAAGGCUGGGGGUUGCUAUUCAGCAGAAAUACCACUUUGGUGACAUCACUGCAUUUGUAUUCUAUCAGGGUAUCUGUGGAAUAUUUGUCGACAUAAGGUACAACAUCUUAAGUCCAUUGUUCACGAUCAGACGAUGAGAAUAUCUUGGGGGCAAUACCCUACCUAUGGUGACCGAGGAAUAUAUACAUAAUUUCUCACUA